AUGCGAUGUAUUCCACCAAUUUGUUCUGGCCUCUCUACCAAGGGUGAACCUCUGUGCUCCUUCUCCUUGUCAGCCACCCCAUUUCGACAUCGAUCCUCCUUCCUUUCUUCAUCAUUAGAAUAUCGGUGCUUCAUUGUGUGUGGGUCCUCGUUCGCGACUUUUUCGUUCCGAUACGGUAUCUCCACCACUUUAUUUGAGAGCUGCGGUGACUCGGAAAUCUCCUCCAGUCGUUGAAUAACGUCCCCUGCUUCACCAGCUUUCUCUUCCCGUAUUGUCUGCAGCUCAACAUCGUCCAUAUCAACAGAAUUCUUACGGCGCCGUGGUAUCUUGUGGUGCAAGCCUAGAGCGGUUACUUUUCGCUUGAGAUUAUCCAUACCUUCUUCAAUUAUAGAAUGCUCUUUCUCUUUCAGUUCUGGCUGAAUAGGAAUAUCCUCCGGCAUCUUUCGUAUCCUUAAGCUGGCAGUUGUAACUAAUCCUUUUCUAAGUUUGUCCGCAUUAUGAGUCCUGCCAAACAUUAGUUCGUCACGUUUUUCCUUAGAAAGAGGGUUUUCAAGAAGAGAAUUCCGAAUAGCACUGGUAACCAGGAUCACUUCCGCGAGAAUCUCAUACUGAGCACGUUGAUGCAUCGAAUCAAUCGCACGUAGUGCCAAGUCAGGUGCUCCGUUGAACAAUGCCAUGUAUACGCCAGUGAGCAACUCCAGAAGUAAUGCACUAUUUACAUGUUGACGAGGUUUCUUUGAAUGAUCUUCCAGCACUUCGCACAUAUGUUCGGCCUCCAUCACUUUACUGGCGAAAUUCGUUUCAGGGAAUGUGAAACCACUUUCGCAAAUGGAAAGUGUAGCCAAACAGACAUGUCUUGAUACAACAUCUGAUGAGAGGUAAACCAAGCUGCCAUUGACCGACUUCAUUAGGCGAGUCAAUAUGAGGAACUUCGAUUCAGAAGUGAAUUCUUCAAUGGUAGGGUAAGGCCCAACACGUACGGUAGUCAGAACCGACGGUGCGUUCCCAGGCUUCAUUAUUGUAACUUCCGGUAACGCAUUGAUUUUGCUGGGGUCAUGAUAUAUACUUGGAUAUCGAAUAGAUGGAAUGCGAAUCUCUUCAACCUUUUUCGUCAGAACGUCGGACUGAGGACCGCCUUCUAGGAUUUCUUCAUUGUAGACGGCAAGAAAGAAGAUUUCAAACACAGCUAUACUUUUCUGUUGCUUCUUAGACAAUGCAUAAAGAUAUGUGCCGAUGAAAGACGGUAUGAAUUGUAACGCAUAUUGUCUAAGGAUGCCUCCUUUGUAGUAAAGAGCCAGUAUUUGCGCUACUAACGGUUGCACUAAAUCCACGUCUCUGUAGUUAACGGUGAUAUAGUUAGCCAACAGCAUUGUGUUGUUAGCCCACUUGGCAAGAAACUUUUUUGCGACCUCCACAUCGUCUCUUCCACCCAGGCGUAUGGUCGUUCUCGAUAAUUCCGUAAGAAAAUCUUGCAGUUGUUCACCAUUCAUUAUUUCUAGUUCUUCAUGCUUUAAGUCUCCAAUUCGCUUCAAUUAA